AUGGCGCAAGGAUGGGAUUCUGGUCAACCGCAGGACGGCAGCAUGGUGCAGGAUGGCCUGCUGCCAGGAAUGGGGAAAGGUUUCGGCAAAGGCCUCAAAAUGGAUGGCAGCGGGGCCAAGGUGAAAGCAAAGGUCCCUCCGCCUCUGGUUUCUCCAGAAUUGUUCGGAGCAGAAGUUCGGUACCUGGUCCUGUCUACUUUUUCUUGCGAGAUGGAAGAGGAUCCGGUGACACCCUUUGAGUGGUCUGUGGCUGCCGCAAUAGCCAAAGUGCCAAGCUUUAACCAGCUGCGUCAAACAUCUUUCGAUGUGCUUCCUGUGUUGCCUGUGUCUGCGACACUUACGGAUGACGAGCUUGACGAGCAUCAGCUUGCUCGAUCAAAGAGGAAAGAUCCUCGCCAGACGAUCGCAGCGGUUCCAUCGAUCAGGUUGAUGCCAGGUCUGGCACAUCCACUGACAUUCAAUGAGGAGCAAAUGCUCCGUUUGUUUGUGACCGAUCCUAGAAGCAUGGCCUACAACCUGUCGAGCACACAGCGAAGCAGGGUACCGCUCAGCAUAGAGCAGUGUGAGAUGGCGCACAGAAUUGUCUUGGAACGCCACGAAGUACUUCGAAGCGCCUUCAGCCUGGAAGAUCAAGGAAAUCCGACUCGAAAGGUCAUGAAGGAGCACGUUGGAGGCUUCUACGCAUUGGCGUUGCCUGAUGAGGGCAUGGCUCAAGCCAUUGCCGGCAUGGACUAUGCCACGCCCCACAUGCUGGGAGUCUGUGCCAUUCGGCUGCUGUACUCCCCGUCGAGGGACAACUUCCCAGCCAUGCAUGUCAAUAUGCAUCACAUUCUAGCUGACAAUGAUGCCUUGCUGACUUUCUGGAUGGAGUCAUUCCAGGUUCAGGAACUCCUGUACUAUGGUUACUCCAAGGAGGCCGUCAAGGAAAGACUGCCGAAGCUGCCUGUGCAAUUCACAGACUUUGCUUAUUGGCAAAAGUCACUUUUCUCGCGAGGCCUCUUGAAGCCGGACCUGUCAUAUUGGGGUCGGCAGAUUGUGACAUCACAGCCUCCAGCGGUGUUGGAUGUGCCAAUCGACGUCCCGCGGCCACGUGUGUGGGUUGCGGUUGGCGACAGUGCAAAGAUUGACUUGGACCAGGAGCUGAUGCUGCCGGUCAUGGACUUGAAUCCACGCAUCACUCCUUUUGCCGUGGUGAUCUGCAAUUUCUCGUUGGCGUUGAUGCGCAUGGCGAACCAGCGCGUUGUUUACAUGGCCACUGCCUUCGCUUUGCGCAGUCUCCCAGCAGUGGCAAACCUCAUUGGCAACUUUCUUAACAUGCUGCCGAUCCGCGUUGCAUAUGACCCCACGGAGCCUUACAUGGACAUUGCCUCACGCGUGGCGCAGUCCACCAUCAAUGUCCAGCGCUACAACCUGGCGCCGUUCAUCCAAAUUGUGACAGACACCCAGCCGCAUUUUCCAACAGCUGAUCCAUCAAGGAACCCUGUCUACCAGUCCAUGGUUGACGUGGUUCCUCGAGAUGAUGACAGCGACGAGGUCGGUCUCAAAGGAGUUCUAGACGUAUUCCUCUUUGCGAACACAAGGAAUGGCCAAAUCUUCAGACUGGACGGGGUUUUCAACAACACCGUUCUCACGAAGCAAACGGUCCAGCUGAUUCUCAUGCACACAAAGGCUCUGACCCUUUGGGCGGCCCGUCAUGCAAAGAUGCCGAUCCCUCGAAUGCUGCGGCUUAGUGAGACUGCCCAGGAAGCAAAGGAUGCCGACAGAGGCAUCACCCUGACUCAUGUGUUGGCUCGGAACCAGAUAGGACUGCCUUCAGUGGCCGCUGUCUCCAGUGGCCCAGAGGGCCCAGGCACUACUGAUGAGCAGCGAGGCAUUAGAGCGUCUCGCCGUUUCAAGCUGCACUCUACCUUGGAGAUGGGUGCAGACAUGCCGCAGAGUCAGAUGAAAUCUGCAAAGCUGCCGACGCCACUGCAGCCGCCGGCAAAGCGUAAGCAGGGUACACAGCAGAGAUCGCAGGAGAUUGUGCCGAAGCCUGCGUCGAACGCGCCAGCGCCACCAGCGAUGUCAAUUCUGGCUUCUGAGACGAGCUUGGCCAAAGCUCCAGAAAAGCCUGCCGUGCGUGAACUCACCGUCGAGGAGGAGGUCGCACAACGGCGAGCAGAAGCUCAGAAGCGGCGCGAGCGAAGUUACAACGUGGCGGCCAAGUGGGCCCAGUCCCAGCAAGACAGCGAGCUGAUUCCUUUGGGCGAGGCAAACCCCUUCGACGAGAACGAGGCAUUCCCUCGAGCGGCAAGACGGCGUGGCUUUUCGCAGUAUGCCGCCAUCCGUGGUAGGUGA